AUGGCAGCGGCACACAAGACAGGACUCUUCCAAUCCAUUGAGCCCCAGCUGCAGGGCAGCCUCCUGAUACGAGAUGAGCUAUAUGGCAACUUCGAUAUAUCGGAACCUGUUCUCGUGGAGCUUUUGCAAUGUCCUGCGGUGCAGCGGCUCGGAGAGGUCGGCCAGCACGGCGUCACGGGGUUUCUCGGCUUGACAAGCCCAGUCACCAGGCUCGAGCACUCCAUCGGCGCCUUGUUACUGGUGCGGGGAGCCGGGGCAUCACUCGAAGAGCAAGUCGUUGCACUCCUCCACGACAUCGCCCACACCGCCUUCAGCCACGUCAUCGACUGGGCGUUUGCCAGCAACGGUGACGCGGACGAGAGCUUCCACGAGGUGCACAAGAUGCGCUACGUCAACUCGACCGAGCUGCCGGCAAUACUUUCCAAGCAUGGAUUCGCGGGUGGGAAAGUGUUUGAAGAGGAACUGUUUGGGUUGGUGGAGCGGCCGGCGCCGCACCUGUGCGCCGAUCGACUCGACUACAGCUUGCGCGACAUGGUUAGGCCUGGCCACUUGGGCCCCGCCGAUAUCAGGGAGCUGCUUGCCCACCUGGUGCCAUAUCCCGACGCGAGUGCUGAAGAUCGUCUCUUCGUCAUGAACGACGUCCAGGCGGCCGAGACCUUGGCACGCGAGUAUAUGGCGGCAGACCGGGAUAUGUGGUCUAAUCCCGCGCACAUUGAAAUGUACCGCCGCACUGGACAACUCAUCGGUACGAUAAUCAGGCGUGGAGGGGUAAAGGAAGAGCAACUAUGGUCUUUGUCCGACAAGGAGCUCUGGGAGGCGCUACGCAAAGAGGGUACUGACGAGGAGCGAGAGGUGAUGAAGAACCUAGAGGAGAAUGGAUUGCCGGCCGAAGACAACCUCCCAAGCGGAACAAAGAUUCGCACUAUAGACCCUGAAGUUCUGGUCUCCUCAGAGGUCAAGCCGGUACCCCUAUCGAGUCUUUCAAAACAAUGGGCAAAGGACCAGGAGAAUUACAUCUUGGCUAGGAAGAACAUCCAGGGUAAAGCCUCGGAGACUGCUUAG